AUGCGACACGUCUCUCACACGACGGGUAUGUGGAACCGCGUGAAGGCGGCCGCAAAGAAGAUCGUCGCCUAUGACGACACCGAGGCGAAUCGUCUCGGUGUGCCGAUGGUGGGCGUGAGCGACUAUGUGCGUGAGCACUGGAAGAAUCCGCGGCGCGCGGCGCUCGACUAUGUCGAUUCGCUCUUCCCCAUGCGCCGGUGGAUUCUCUCCUACAAUACGGGCUGGCUAGCUGGUGAUCUAAUCGCCGGUAUCACGGUGGCGCUCGUGCUGGUGCCACAGUCGAUGUCGUACGCAAACGUGGCUGGGCUUGCGCCGCAGUUUGGAUUGUACUCAUCGUUCGUGGGCGUGGUCAUUUAUGCGCUUUUUGCGACCUCCAAGGAUGUUACGAUCGGUCCCGUGGCUGUCAUGUCGCUGCAGACCAAUUCGGUGAUUAAGAGUGUCACGUCCGAGCUCGGGCCCAAUAUGUCGGUCCGGCCGGAGGUGAUCGCCUCGGCCCUCGCGUUUCUGUGUGGUAUUAUCACGCUGGGUCUGGGCCUUCUGCGCAUCGGAUGGAUCGUGGAGUUUAUCCCGGCGCCGGCUGUGUCGGGCUUCAUGACGGGCUCCGCGCUCACAAUCUUGGUCGGCCAGCUGCCCAAGCUGUUCGGCGAGCGGAACGUGAAAAAUAACGAUGCCUUUUACCGAAUUGUGAUCAACUUUUGCAAGGAGCUGCCCAAUACCAAGAUCGAUGUGGCCAUGGGCAUACCCGCCCUGGUCUUCCUCUACCUGGUGCGAUGGCUGUGCUCGUACGUUGCGCGACGCUACCCCAAGUACGCUCGUGUCGCCUUUUUCGUGUCUGUCUUGCGCAGUGCCAUUGUGAUUCUUGUGCUCACGGUCGCGAGCCGCAUCUGGCUCGGCCACUAUACAUCAUCGAAGGAAUACCCCAUCAGUGUGAUUGGCAAGGUGCCGCGCGGCUUCAAGGACAUGGGCCAGCCGUCGCUGCCGACGCCGGUGCUGCAGAAGAUUGGACCGAAUCUUCCCGCCUCCGUCAUCCUGCUCCUCCUUGAGCAUAUUGCCAUUUCCAAGUCGUUUGGUCGCCUGAACAACUACAAAAUCAACCCGAACCAGGAGCUCGUGGCGAUCGGCGUAACGAACCUCAUUGGUCCGUGCUUUGGUGGCUACGCUGCGACGGGCUCCUUCUCGCGCUCGGCGAUCAAGUCCAAGUCUGGCGUGCGUACUCCGCUGGCUGGCUGGGUCACUGCGAUUGUUGUGCUGAUCGCGAUAUAUGCCCUGGCUGGUGUAUUCCAGUGGAUUCCCAACGCGGCGCUGGCCGCAGUGAUUAUCCACGCGGUCGGCGACCUGAUCGCGACGCCUGCACUGCUGUACAAGUUCUGGCUCAUGAGCCCGCUCGAGUUGAUCAUCUUCUUCGCCGCUGUCAUUGUCACAGUGUUCACAAGUGUGGACUACGGUGUGUACACAUCGGUGGCGGCAUCUGCAGCGCUCCUGCUUAUCCGCAUCGCCCGCCCACGAGGCAACUGGCUGGGUGUGGUGCGUGUUGAGCAUCGCGACCCGGCCACGGACAAUGCUCAGCAGCGCACAGUGUUUGUACCGAUGGAGAAUCGCGAUGGACUGCGCGACCCGUCGGUGCAGGUUCUUCCGCCGGCACCUGGCGUGUUUGUGUACCGUGUGGAAGAGUCGUUCACGUACCCCAAUGCGUCGCACAUGGCCGAGAUUAUUGGCGACAAGAUCAAGGCCGAGACGCGCCCUGGGCGCCACAAUGUGGGCCGUCGCGGCGAUCGCCCCUGGAACGACCCAGGCCCCCCGAAUGAGUUGCUACUGCGCGCAUCGCGUGCGCUGACCUUCUACUAUCACCGGCAUAAGGAUGCACCCUCUCUCGAAGAGGAGUUGGCACAGACAGAGUGCAAGCGCAACCACGAUGAUCGCCCGCCGCUGCAUGCACUGAUCCUCGACUUUGGCUCGGUGAGCAACGUUGACUCGACCUCUGUGCAGGUCCUCGUCGACUUGCGUAAUGCGCUCGAGAGGUACAGCGGCCACCCUGUGCAGUUCCAUUUUGCACACAUCCUGAGCCCAUGGAUUCGCCGCGCCCUACUUGCCGGUGGCUUUGGCACAGGACGUCUCCAACGACACGUUACGGAAAUCGCCUCGGUCGUGCAGCAGGGCGACGCGCGUCCCAUUGUCGGGCCAGAAGCCCAUACACAGUCAAGCUCUCCUAGCCCCGAGCUUAGGACCCCGGUCGACGUCGAGUCACAAAGCGGCACCAUGGAAGCCAUGGACCGUCUCGACUUUGACAUUCGCAAUCUCGACGCUCUGUAUGCCCGAGACAGCAAGGUCGAGCACAAUGAGGACCCAAGCAUCGUGGUUCCGAUCAUGUGGAACAAUGAGCUCACGCCAUACUUCCACCUCGAUCUCGCGGCAGCCCUCUCAGCGGCAGAAGGCAGUCUUCCCUCAAAGGGCGCGUCUGCUGCGUGA